AUGUACCAACUUCCACUGAUUAAAGAGUUUAGAGCGCUGUCACUGGAGGAACAGAAAGAGGUAAUUGACCACCUUUUUGAACCUUGUGACUCCCUCAACUGGUUUAUACAAUCAUUUAUUAUUCGGAAAAAGUAUGAAUCUUACCCUGAGUUUAUCAAUUUGGUUCGCUACGAACUUGAAAUUUUAGUACACCGAAAUGGGUUUUUUGCAGUGAGGAAUGGAUUCGAGGCAAAUAGCUUAAUCAAUGAUAUAAUAUCUGCGCAUCCGAGAUUAGGAGCUCCAAAAACAACUAAAUUGAGUGAACAUUCAGCUGAGGAACAAAGGAAGCUUGGUGGUGAAGAGAUGCAAAAGAGAUUGGCUGAGCUUAACGAAAAGUAUGAAAAGACGUUCCCUGGGUUGAGAUAUGUUGUAUUUGUCAACGGUCGAAGCCGAGAUGAAAUCAUUGUCAACAUGGAAGAUAGGAUCAAGCGUAAUAACAUUGAGUUGGAGAAAAAGGAGGCUUUUGAUGCCAUGUGUGAUAUUGCAUUGGAUAGAGCGGCCAAGUUGGGUGUUAAGUUGUAG